UGCGGGCACCGUCAGCUGCUUAGACCAUGUUUCGGCGAGGCCUGAUGGCUUGGUUCUCCCGGACAGGAGCCGUCCUGCUGGUUGUCUGCUGCUCGGUGUCGGUGCUCUACAUGCUGUCCUGUGGCCCCAGAGGUGACCCGUGGCAUCUUGCCUCCCCCAGGCACAAGAGCCCCGCCGGGCAAGAGGAGCACCGAGCCCUCCUCCGCGAGACAGAGGAGCACCAGCAGGAGCACCUCCACAGCCUGAAGAGGCAGAUUGCCCAGCUGAAGGGGGCCCUGCAGGAGCGGAGCAGGCAGCUGAGGAGCCAGCAGGGCCCAAGCAAUGCACCCCUGGGAGUGGGGUGGACCCAGGCCGAUCUCCUGCGGUUCCUGCACUCGCAGGUUGACAAAGCGGAGGUCCACAAGGGCGUGAGGCUGCCGAAUGAGUAUGCGGCCGUGCCCUUUGAGAGCUUCACCCUACAAAAAGUGUACCAGCUGGAGACAGGCCUGACACAUCACCCUGAGGAGAAGCCGGUGCGGAAGGACAAACAGGACGACCUGGGUGAGGUGAUUGAGCUGGGCCUGGAGACUUUGAACAGGCCAAAGGACAAUGGCAAUGCAAAACAGCGGGUGUUUUCCAACUCAGACUUUGUGGAAGGCAUCUGUCGCACAGAAAGAGACAAAGGCACCUUGUAUGAGCUGACAUUCAAAGGAGACAAAGACCAUGAAUUCAAGCGAAUCGUCCUGUUCAGGCCAUUUGGUCCCAUCGUAACCGUAACAAACGAAAAUCUCAACACGGCCCAGACCCUCGUGAACGUCAUCGUCCCACUGGCCAAACGGGCUGGCAAGUUUCAGCAAUUCAUGCAGAAUUUCAGGGAAAUGGGCAUCCGACUGGACGGAAGAGUUCAUCUCACUGUUGUUUACUUUGGGAAAGAACAAAUGCGGGAGGUCAGAGGGAUCCUGGGAAACACCUCCAGAUCGGCACACUUCAAGAACUUCACCUUCAUCCACCUGAACGAAGAAUUCUCAAGAGGGAAAGGACUGGAAGUUGGGGCGCGCGUCUGGAAAGGUGGCAACGUGGUUCUCUUCUUCUGCGAUGUAGAUAUCUACUUCACUGCUGAAUUCCUCACCACGUGCAGACUCAAUACACAGCCAGGGAAGAAGGUAUUUUAUCCUGUUCUUUUCAGCCAGUAUAACCCAAGCCUAAUUUAUGGGCACCAUGAUUCCAUCCCUCCCCUAGAACAGCAACUGGUUGUUAAAAAGGAGACCGGAUUUUGGAGAGACUUUGGGUUUGGAAUGACUUGCCAAUACCACUCUGAUUUUAUCAACAUUGGAGGAUUUGAUCUUGGAAUUAAAGGCUGGGGAGGGGAAGAUGUGCACCUGUACCGGAAGUACCUUCGCAGCAACCUCAUGGUGGUCAGAAGUCCAGCCCGGGGCCUUUUCCACCUCUGGCAUGAAAAGUUCUGUCUAGAUGAGUUGACCCCGGAGCAAUACAAGAUGUGCAUCCAGUCCAAAGCCAUGAACGAAGCUUCACAUGGCCAGCUCGGGAUGCUGGUCUUCAGGAAGGAGAUGGAGGCUCAUCGGCGCAAAAAGAAAGCCAGCGUUAAGAAGACCUGACCCCUCCCCAAACUCUGACUCAUUUAAAGAGUAAAAGGAACAGUAUCAAAAUGUUGGGUCUUUUUCCUUCUUCUUCCAAAAACCACAUCUGGAGAAAUGAGAUGUUCCGGGGAUUGGUACCUAUUCCUUGAAGAUAUUCCAGUGAUUGACUGAUAGAUAAAAUGUUCCAGUGAUCCAAGUCCUUCCUCAGGCUUUUUUCUCUAAGCUGCGUAUGCUCUACACAUUGCUUGUACUGCUCUGGGCUCUUGCAUUGCUCCGAAGUCAACACAGAAGAUACGAAGAACAAAUUUAAUGUUGUUAAUUGUUUUGGUAUUUGAAACACCAGGGAAGCCAGAGGACUGUUCAGGUCUGCUUAGUGUGUGAUGACAUCAUGCAAAGCGUUCCAUUCUACCCGGUGGGCCGGUUGUCACCAGUGACUCUCCUGAAGUCAAACCAGAGGCAGGGCCUUGAGGGAACGGCUGGUGACUUCCAUCCAGCUUCACAAAGAGGCCUGGACGCACCCCAGGCAAGCCCCUGCCUUUUGCGGUCCACGUUCUGAUGCCUCUGAAGGAAUACAGGCAACUUUAAACCAGAGGAAGCCACAAAGUAGACAAUCACUUUAUCUAGGAACAUCUGGACCAAACCAGAUGAGACGCAGGAAGGCAAACAUUAAUGGAUCGCCAGUGCAUUUCUCAUUGCUAAGUAGCUUUUGGAUUUGGGCUGUGGCGUGGGUGGGGUGGGGGACCGUUUCCCCAGACUCACACACUGCCACUCGAAAACAUUGGAAGAAACAGACCUCCAGAAAGUGGCCUUUUCCCCAGUGGGCCGAACAGGGGCACGGGGUGUCUUUUCAGGUUGGAAAAGGUGCUGUGCUGGUCUGUGCAGAAGUGUUUAAGAAUAAAAUUUGGAAAAGUUAUGAGGGAAAGACGGGUCGUUUUUUCUUUCCAGAAAUUAUUUCCAGGGCUAUACAGCACGUAGGCCUCUGCCAAGCUGUGCCACCACUUCACGGCAAGCGACUCUCUGAGGUUUACUGGAGGGCAGAGGAAUACCCGUGGGGCCAUAAACGGGCUCUCCCCUGCUCUUGGGACCGUGGGGAGCACAUGGGGGCAGGCCGGGGGGCACACCA